CUCCUCCUCCAAUCUACGUGGACAAUCGUCAAGUGGAGUAUCAGUCAUCAGUCGAGUGUUGUUUGUUGCUAUCAAAGUCACCACAAUAAUUAUUGUCUCAUUUGGGAGGACAAGUAGUAAGUACACACACGUAGUCUUAAUUUGCAAGAACCUUGUCCUUUAGAAAUAAAGGGCCAAUCAAGAUAACUCUGCUGUGCGAAGAGGGUAUUUAUCAAGAUGUUGAAUACAGAAGGUCCCACUGACGGUCCACUACCGAAUGUUGAUACCAUGGGCGCAGCGGCUUUGGGUUCUGGAGAGCAACAGGUCUUGCUUCGCGUCAAGUCGGCUAAUCACCCAAUUGGAGAAGAUCUCGAGUUUCGGGCCAACUACUCAUUUACCGUUUUGCAAGUCAAGGAGACUAUCCAGCGACUGUCUAACCACCAUCCCGAGGUGAAAGACCAGCGACUCAUCUACUCUGGACAUUUGCUUGACGAUGGCCAGUUGCUGAGAGAGGUGUUGACGGUGAAGACGGGCACUCCGCUGGAUCCCCAACAACCAGUCACCUUCCAUUUGGCCACCACAUCCAAAUACAUCUUUUCGACAUCUUCUAAUGGUGCCAAGAAUGGUGGAGUCAACAAUAAGGGGGAAGUUGGAAGUCAACAACAUCCACUGCAGCAAAACCACCAACAGCAGCAAACGUACAUGUUUAACAAUCCAUUUCUAGUGGGAGGAGUAGCUCCACCUCUUGCUCAGUAUAACAUUACCAACCAAUUUGGCCAAUUCGGGGUUGGAGGAGCAGGACAUUCAGGAUUUUAUCCAGAUACUGCAGCCCUCCAUGCAGCGUAUGUGGAGCAGAUGACAGCAUACGUCAACCAUUGGAACCAAUGGUACAUGCUUCAGUAUGGACAGGCUUACCAAAUGCCACCAUCUCAACAACCACCCGUGAUCGAUCCUCAGAAUUUCUACAACAAUCAAGCGCCGCCUCCUCCUCAACACCAGCAACAACCACCGGUCCCCCAACAACCUGCUGGGGUCAGAGAAAAUGUGCACGUGGCAGCAGCACGUGAGGCAGACAAUGAGGAGAAUCAAAGAGACCUUUUAGAUUGGAUGUACACAUUUUCUCGCGUCAUCCUCAUUUUCUCAGUCGUUUACUUUUACUCUAGCUUCUCGCGGUUUUUCCUAGUUGUAUUAUUCACGGCGCUAGUCAUGAUAUUACAACGGCGUAAUGGCCGCCCAGUGGUUGCUGAGCAGGCGAGAGCUGCAGCAGGAGCACCCGAAGCUAAUCCACCCCAAGCCCCAAGAGAAGAUGGAGGACGUGAUGGGGUUGUGGAACAGGGACAAGAAAGAGAGGGUGUGGCUACCCCCGAAGGAGCAGUUGGAGACGAGGGUGUCGUCACUCCUCCAACCACUGACACACCCGAAAUUCCUCCCGCCAUUGUUCCUCCUCAAAGAAAUCUCGGUGACAUCGCAUGGACCUUUUUAACGACUUUCUUUACAUCCCUCAUACCAGAAACGUACCAGAAUAAUUAAACGUUACACACAUUCCUCCUAUUAUAUAAACCACAACUAUUACUACCUACCUACCAACCUACAUAAUUACGAUUAUUUGUAAAUAUAUAUACAAUUGUUGAUGGUGGUUCCAAAUUAUAAAAGAAACCUUAUCGGUGUAUCACAAUCGCAGUCACUCAGUCAGUCAGAUAAAUGUUGAAUACCAAAGCAUAAUUUAAUGCCAUAUGUAUUGAAAUUUGUGGUAGGAAUUAUUCUCGUCUCGAAAUGAUGAAUUUUAUUUAUUUUCUGUAAUGUUAGCUCGUAUUAACUGUUGUUUUUCCAAAAUAAAUGUAUCGGAUUUUGCGCCUA